AUUAAAAAUAACUUUUUUUAAAAAAAAGUUUUUAGAUUUUUAUAUUAUAUUAUAUAAACUAUAAAAUAAAUAAUUUUUUUAGUCUCUAAAAUAAACCAUCUCACGUUAUAUAUAAUAGUAACAAAACGCUAUAAUAUAUAUUCAUAUAAAUACUUUGUAAAUAAUAAUAAUAAUAACAAUAACAAAACCAAACACAUAUAUAUAAUUAAAAAUGAAGUUAUUUGGAAAAGCUAAACCAGCUAACAACUCUCAAGAUACAAUUGCUAAACUUAGAUUAACAUUAGAAAUGUUAGAAAAAAGGCAAAAAUUUUUACAAGAAAGAUCAGAUAGAGAAGAAUUAGAGGCUAAAAAAUUAGUUGUACAAAAAAAGAAAAGAGAAGCUUUAUUAUGUUUAAAAAAAAGAAACAAUUUCUUAAAUGAAGUUAAUAAAUUACAAGGUUCAUAUGAUACAUUAUCCUCACAAAUUUUUGCAUUAGAAAACGCAAAGAUGAAUAUGGAAAUUAUGAAUUCUAUGAGAGAAGGUGCUCAAUCAUUAAAAGAACUUCAUGGUCAUCUUACUGUCGAUAAGGUUGAUGAUACUAUCGAAGAAAUUCAAACCCAAAUGGAAAUUCACGAAGAAAUUUCAAGAGCUAUCAGUCAACCACUCGGUACUCAAUUGGAUGAUGAAGAAGACCUUUUAAGAGAAUUAGCCGAAUACGAACAAGAAGAUUUAGAUAUGCAAUUACUUAAUAUUAAAGCUCCAUCAAGAGAAUCAUUACCAACUCCAACCCAAGUUAAAUGUAAUUAUUUUUUAAAACUAUUAUUAACCACCCACCACACAAUUAAAAUAAAUACUAACCACAAUCUUAUUUUUUUUAAUACCAUUUAG